GAUACCAAAUUCUUUUUUCUUCUUACAAAUUUGAUUCAUUUGGAUUUAUCAAAUAAUCAAUUACAUGGUGAGAUACCAACUUCUUUUUCUCUUCUUAUUAACUUGACGUACUUAAGUCUUUGUCAAAACAACUUACAAGGUUUCAUACCAGAGUUUAUUGGAGAUUUAUCUAAGUUAAAAGAACUUCAUAUUUGGGGAAAUAACUUUACAGGAAGUAUUCCGCAUAAGUUAGGGACGAAUGGGUUAUUGACAUACCUAGAUGUUUCUUCAAAUAAGCUUAGUGGUCCAAUCCCUGAGAGUUUAGGGAGUUGUAAGUUACUAUAUUUUCUAAAUAUGACAGAUAAUCAACUCACGGGUCAGUUACCUAUCAACAUUGGAAAGCUUACGCGUCUUAAUUAUUUGUUGGUAUCCAACAAUAACUUGAUUGGAAAAAUUACACCACAGAUUACAGGAUACAAUGUCACGAAUUUUAAAAACUCUUCUAUCUGCAACUUGGUUGAUCUUGAAAUCAUUGAUUUAAAUCUUAUAACAAGUUUAAUGGAGAAGUUCCUCAUUGCUAGGGCAAUACUAGUACUUACUUACGUGUAUUGAAUCUC